AUGGCCUUGACAGCUCACUUUGUGGACAAAAAUUGGGUCCUUAGAAAGAAAAUCAUAAAUUUUCGAGUUCUUCCACAUCCACACAAAGGAGAGGUUAUUGCAAAGGCUAUAGAAAAUUGUCUCUUAGAGUGGGGAAUAGAAAAGGUUAUGACAAUCACCCUUGAUAAUGCGAAGAAUAAUGAUACAUGUGUGAUGGAUUUAAAGAAAAGAUUAAACAAGAGAAAUAUGAUGUUAUUAGGUGGACAGUUCUUUCAUGUAAGGUGUUUUGCACAUGUCAUCAAUUUGGUUGUGAGGGAUGGAAUUGAAGAGGUGAAGACAACCAUCAAGCGUCUUCGUCGAAGUGUUAAGUAUGUGAGGAGUAGUUCAUCACGUUUGCAAAUGUUUAAAAAAUGUGCUUUGGAGGAGAGUGUAACUUGUAAGAAGGUUGUGUGUUUAGAUGUUAAAACAAGAUGGAAUUCAACAUAUUUGAUGAUAAAUGCAGCAAUGGAGUUUGAGAAAGUAUUUGAUAGGCUUUUGGAGCAUGAUCCAUUCUAUAGAAGUGAAUGUGAACUGAAAAAAAAUAAAGAAGAUGGAAGUGAGCUGGGUUUGAACAAAAAAAAAGGUGGAAGUGGCUGUCAUGAGGGGGGUCCCAUAAAUGAAGAUGAUUGGAGAAAAUUGCGAAGUUUGCAUACGUUUUUGGAAGAUUUUUAUCUUCUAACAAAGCGUAUAUCUAGUUCUCAUUACAUCACCUCUAACACUUACUUUGAUGAGGUGACACAAACGAAGGAUAUGCUCUUGCAACAAAUGGGCAGCAAUGAUGUUUUUCUUAGUUCCAUGGCUAAGAAAAUGAAUGAAAAAUUUGAAAAAUAUUGUAACAUUGAUGCUUUGAAUCCAAUUUUGAUUGCUUCUAUUGUGCUAGACCCUAGAUAUAAAUUGGAUUAUGUGACGUUUUGGUAUAGAAGUUACUUGGAUAGUGAUAUUCUUCUAAGUGAGGAUGAAAAAGAUAAAAAAGUUUAG